AUGGCCAAAGGCGUGAUAUCUGACGACGAAGAUGAAGUUGAGCUUGGGAUGGAUGAGAGAGAGCCCGCUGAUGGUGAAGAAUUGGAAGAAGGAGGAGGAGAUAUGGAUGAGGAUGACGAGGAAGAAGAGGAAGGACAAGAUGAGUAUGAAAAGGAUGGUUUUAUAGUUGAUGAAAUUGAGGAAGAAGAGGAGCAGGAUGAAGAAGAAAGAGCAGACAGUGACGAAGAGCGGCAGAAGAAGAAAAAGAGGAAGAAAAAGGAGGAGUAUGUCCUUGAUGAAGAUGAUUAUGAAUUGUUGGAGGACAACAAUAUCAAUAUUCAUCGUCGGAAGGAAAGCAAAAAAUUCAAGCGAUUAAAAAAGGGCCAGAGGGAUGAGGAGGGGCAAUCUGGACAAUCUGACGAAGAAGAGUUUUAUGGAAGUGGUAAGGUUGGGCGAACUGCUGAGGAGAAGCUUAAGCGCAGUUUAUUUGGCGAUGAUGAAGGAACUCAUCUUGAAGACAUUGCCGAAGAGGAGGAGCAAGGAGAAGAGGAGGAGGAUGCUGACAUCGGGGAAGAAGAUGAAAUGGCCGACUUCAUUGUGGAUGAAGAAGAAGUUGAUGAGAAUGGAGCCCCUGUGAGGACUAAGAAGCCAAAGGGUGUCAGAAGGCCUAGGCAGGCACCUGGAGUCUCGUCCUCAGCUUUACAAGAAGCUCAAGAACUAUUUGGUGAUGUCGAUGAGUUGCUUUUGGCUCGCAGUCGUAGUCGAGGACCCGAUCACAAAGAGACUAGGCUUGAAGAUGAAUUUGAACCUAUUGUUCUCUCUGAGAAAUAUAUGACAGAGAACGAUGACCGAAUAAGGGAAUGCGAUAUUCCAGAGAGAAUGCAGAUAUCAGAGGAGAGUACUGGUGCUCCUUCACUGGAUGAAAAUAGUAUAGGUGAAGAGAGUCAGUGGAUAGUUGCUCAAGUUAAAAGUGGGGCAGUCCCUUGGAUUCCCAAGUUAAAGCCAAAGUUAGAUUCAGACUCCAAAAAUAAUGGGAAGGAUGAGGAUCUACCAAUUGACAAGGAUGAUAUUGUCAGCUUUAAGGGGAAGGAUGAGGAUCUACCAAUCGACAAGGAUGAUAUUGUCAGAUUUAAGGGGAAGGAUGAGGAUCUACCAACUGACAAGGAUGAUGUUGUCAGAUGUAAGGGGAAGGAUGAGGAUCUGCCAAUUGACAAGAAUGAUAUUGUCAGAUUUUUGGAACUGCAUCAUGUGCAAAAAUUAGAUAUUCCUUUUAUUGCCAUGUAUCGGAAGGAGGAGUGUUUUAGCUUAUUGAAAGACCUAGAGCGACCUGAAGCUGGAAAUGAUAAUCGGGAUAAGAAUAACACGACACCUACUCUAAAAUGGCACAAGAUACUCUGGGCUCUACAGGACCUGGACAGGAAGUGGUUGCGUCUUCAGAAGCGGAAGAGUGCCCUUCAAUUAUACUACAAUAAACGGUUUGAAGAAGAGUCUCGUCGUGUAUACGAUGAAACAAGACUAAACUUGAAUAGGCAAUUGUUUGAAUCAGUUAUGAGAUCACUGAAGGAGGCAGAAUCAGAGAGGGAGGUUGAUGAUGUUGACUCCAAGUUCAACUUGCAUUUUCCACCAGGUGAAGCUGGUGUUGAUGAAGGGCAGUACAAAAGGCCAAAGCGGAAAUCAAUGUAUAGCACUUUCAGCAAGGCGGGUCUGUGGGAAGUUGCAAGCAGGUUUGGGUCUAGUUCUGAGCAAAUUGGGUUAUGUCUAUCUGUAGUUCAGCUGCCUGAGCUCGUAGUAGAUCCAAAGGAAACUCCAGAAGAGGUGGCUUCUAACUUCACAUGUGCCAUGUAUGAUACCCCUGAAGAAGUUCUUAAAUGUGCUAGGCACAUGGCAGCUGUUGAGAUAAGUUGUGAGCCCAACAUAAAGAAAUAUGUUCGUAACUACUUUAUUGACCACGCCGUGGUGUCAACCUCCCCAACUCCCGAUGGAAAUACAACGAUAGAUUCGUUCCAUCAGUUUUCUGGGGUGAAGUGGCUGCGAGAGAAGCCUUUGAGCAAAUUUGAGGAUGCCCAAUGGCUCCUUAUACAGAAGGCAGAAGAAGACAAACUCAUUCAAGUUACUAUUAAGCUUCCUGAAGAACAUCUUAAUAAGUUAAUAGACGAAUUCAAUGAGUAUUAUAUCAGUGAUAGUGUCAGCAGAUCUGCUCAACUGUGGAAUGAACAGAGAAAGCUGAUACUGCAGGAUGUAAUUUUUCGAUUUCUUUUACCAUCAAUGGAAAAAGAAGCAAGAGGUGUCUUAGCAAACAAAGCAAAGCACUGGGUACUUAUGGAGUAUGGGAAGGCCUUGUGGAGUAAGGUUUCUGUAGGGCCUUAUCAACAAAAGGAGAAUGAUCUUAGCUCGGAUGAUGAGGCUGCUCCUAGGGUUAUGGCCUGCUCUUGGGGCCCUGGAAAGCCACAAACAACUUUUGUUAUGUUAGAUUCAUCGGGAGAAGUGCAAGAUGUGCUAUACACUGGGUCACUCACUUUAAGGUCACAGAAUGUCCAUGACCAACAAAGGAAGAAGAACGACCAGGAACGCGUGUUGAAGUUUAUGACAGAUCACCAACCACAUGUUGUUGUUUUAGGAGCAGCUAACUUGUCUUGCACACGUUUGAAAGAAGAUAUUUAUGAGGUUAUUUUUAAGAUGGUUGAGGAAAACCCUAGAGAUGUUGGGCAUGAAAUGGACGGGCUCAGCAUUGUGUAUGGAGAUGAAUCUCUACCCCGUCUUUACGAAAAUUCCCAAAUUUCCUCUGAACAACUUCCUUCGCAGCAGCUAGGUAUAGUCAGGCGGGCUGUUGCUCUUGGUCGAUUUCUCCAGAACCCAUUGGCAAUGGUUGCAACAUUAUGUGGGCCCCGAAAGGAAAUAUUGUCAUGGAAACUGACCCCUUGGGAGAGUUUUCUCAACCCGGAUGAUAAAAUUGGGAUAGUUGAGCAGUUUACUUCGGGGCUUGGUCCGCGGAAGGCUGCAUCCUUGCAGAGAUCGCUAGUUAGAGCCGGCUCAAUUUAUACCAGGAAGGAUUUUGUGACCCAACAUGAACUUGGUAAAAAGGUGUUUGUCAAUGCGGUUGGUUUCUUGCGUGUCCGGCGAAGUGGAUUGGCUGCUAGCAGCAGCCAAUUUAUUGAUUUGCUGGAUGAUACACGAAUUCAUCCAGAAUCAUAUAUUCUUGCACAAGAGUUGGCCAAAGAUGUCUAUGAUGAAGACGGAACGGGUGAUGCAAAUGAUGACGAUGAUGCCUUAGAGAUGGCCAUAGAACAUGAUUGGCGUAAGCAAUAUGAGGAACCAAGUCAGGAUGAGGAGUUCUAUAUGAUUUCAGGCGAGACUGAAGAGACUCUUGCUGAAGGUAAAAUGGUCCAGGUUACCGUUCGCCGAGUUCAAGCCCAAAGAGCAAUCUGUGGGCUAGAAUCUGGAAUGACCGGAAUCCUUAUGAAAGAAGACUAUGCAGAUGACUUGAGAGAUAUAAUUGAAUUAUCUGAUAGGCUACAUGAAGGUGACAUGCUCACUUGUAAAAUCAAGUCAAUCCAAAAAAAUAGGUAUCAAGUCUUCCUUGUUUGUAAAGAAAGUGAAAUGAGAAGUGAUCGGUCACAUCACAACCACAACUUUGAUCCCUAUUAUCACGAAGACCGGAGUUCCUUGCCAAAUGAGCAAGACAAAAUUCGGAAAGAAAGGGAGCGUUCAAAGAAGCAUUUCAAGCCUAGGAUGAUUGUUCAUCCUAGAUUUCAAAACAUAACUACCGAUGAAGCAUACGAGUUCUUGUCAGACAAGGAUCCUGGUGAAAGUAUUUUUCGUCCUAAUAGUAAGGGUCCUUCAUACCUUACUUUGACUCUUAAAAUUCAUGAUGGAGUAUAUGCCCACAAGGAGAUAAUUGAAGGUGGGAAGGAACUCAAGGACAUCACAAGCUUGCUUCGAAUCGGAAAGACUCUUAAAAUUGGAGAGGAUACUUUUGAGGAUUUAGAUGAGGUUAUGGACCGUUAUGUUGAUCCCUUGGUUACUCAUUUAAGAACAAUGUUAAACUAUCGCAAGUUCAGGACGGGUUUGAAAACAGAAGUUGACGAACUUUUGAAGGCUGAAAAGGAAGAGAAUCCAAUGCGCAUAGUUUAUAGUUUUGGCAUCUGUCAUGAACAUCCUGGCACAUUUGUAUUGACUUACAUAAGAAGUACAAAUCCGCACCAUGAGUAUAUUGGUCUUUACCCCAAAGGAUUCAGGUUCCGCAAAAAGAUGUUUGAGGAUAUUGACCGGCUUGUGGCAUAUUUUCAAAGGCACAUCGAUGAUCCACAAAAUGAUUCCGCACCUUCCAUUAGAUCAGUAGCUGCAAUGGUGCCAAUGCGAAGCCCUGCUGCUGGUGGCUCAUCAGGGGCAUCUGUGGGUAGUGGCUGGGGUGGUUCGAACAGCGAGGGUGGUUGGAGAGGAGGUCACUCGUAUGAUAGGGACCGAUCUUCUACUCCUGGUUCCAGAACAGGACGACCUGAUUACAGAAAUAAUGGGAAUCGAGAUGAACACCCUAGUGGAUUGCCUCGUCCAUAUGGUGGUGGACGAGGGCGUGGUCGUGGUUCUUAUAAAAAUAGUAGUAGAGGACCCAACUCUAACAAUGAAAGGCGUGCGGGUGCAACCAGAUGGGGAUCUGCCGUGAAAGACGGGGAUGACAGUUUAAGCAACUUCCCAGGGGCUAAGGUUCAAAAUUCCCCUGGAAGAGAAGCAUUUCCUGGUGGUUGGGGAGGUGGAGCUAGUGCUGGUGACAAAAGUGGCUGGGGAGGUGGAGCCAGUGAUGGUGACAAAAGUGGCUGGGGAGGUGGAGCUAGUGGUGGUGACAAAAGUGGCCGGGGUGCUGCUCUAAGCGAUGCUGAACAGGGAAACUCUGGCUGGGGAACUGGAUCAAAGAAAGCUGGCGACAAUGGAUGGUCUGGAAACUGA